GGAAUGCCUGGUGAAGCUAAUAAAUGGAAGAAGGCUAGACAAGAGAUUGAUAAAUCUGUGAAGGAGGGGACUUCGUCUAAUGGUCCAGCAAUAACUAAAGUGUUGGCUUUGGACUGUGAAUAUGUUGGUGUUGGAAUUGGAGGGACAGAGAAUAUGUUGGCUAGAGUUUCAAUUGUUAAUGUUGAUGGUGAGACCGUUUACGAUGAAUAUGUUUUGCCUACAGAAAAGGUGACAGAUUAUAGAGUGCAUGUUAGUGGAAUUCGACCUGGGCAUUUACUUAGAGGCAUUCCAUUUACACAAGCUCAAACAGAAGUACGAAAAAUACUUUCUGACAAUAUUGUGGUUGGGCAUUCUAUUCAACAUGAUUUUCAGGUCUUGGGACUUACUCAUCCUCCCAAACUUAUUCGUGAUACAGCCAAGUUUAAAUUACUCAGAGAAACUCUCGAUAAUCCAAAAAAGACGCCUUCAUUAAAAUUAUUAGCCCAUCAUUUAUUGGGUGUUCAAAUUCAACAAGGAGAACACGAUUCUGUUUUGGACGCUAAAAUUGCUUUACGUAUAUAUUUGCAAUAUCAAAAUAAUUGGGAGAAGAAGAAUUCAAAGAAUCCUUCAAAGACGAAGAAAAAGAAGAGUAAAUAA